CAGGGGGAUAACUUCUAGAUGAUACCACUGAAAUAAUGCUGAUUCAUCUGUGUUGAUGGCAGACAUGAGUGGUGCCUGUACCAAUACGUAAGAGGAGAAGGAGGCUUAAGAAGGCUUUGUGAACCAACCCAGGUUAGGGAUGGCAGCAAGACACUACUUAUCUUCAAAAACGUGUUACAGUGACUAGAAGGUGGCAGUGCAGCAGUCGAUGUGCAUUGGAAAAUCGAAGAAUAACAAAUCACAACUGAUACAGCCUGGCUUUUGAGUGUAGUGUUACCAUUUUCUAGAAGAUUGUGUAAGCAUUCAGGGGUUGCCUUUGAAAGUAGCACUACCGAUCUCUUGGACAUACAUAAAAUUCCUGGUGGAAGCCAACCACUCCCAGCCGUAGCUGGCACCUUCCAACAGUGCAGAGUGAGCUGAUUCGUUGCUCAUUCCACACACAUCCUGCAGCAGUGAAAUAUUUUCACUGCCCUUUACAUGUGUGCCUCCCAGUUAAGCUGAUAAAAAGAGCAAAUUACAUAGAAGUGAGCCUUAGUCCUUUUGAAUACAGAGGACUUCAGCAAGAAACCAUGAAAAGUUGCACUAUAUUACAUUAAUGGUUUUGUCCCAACCUUCUGGAUGAGAGGAGGGGAGUGUUUGUGUACUAAAACAAAGUUAGUAAUGAAUGCCCAGAAUGGUUAGUGUUCCUCUGUGUACCCUGGACAGUGCUAUAUCUCUUGGGAGUAGAUGCCUCCUUCAAAACUUUGUCUUGAUUUUGAUGUGUUUUUCUCUGGCAUACAUGUUGGUGGGCCAGUGUAUGUGAGAGGAAUCCUCAGGCAUUGGUAUUUUCAUGCAGAAAACUCAUAAACAAUUGUGGGUAAUACACUUCAUAGUGACUUUUGUGGUAGUCAUAAACUGAUCUCAUUUAAACAACCCUUAGUUCGUAAUGAGUAGCUAAAGAAGAAAAAGCAGGCAUACCUUGUCUACAGAUUUAGAACUUCACGUUUUAGGUAAGGAUAUCACUUCAAGUUACGGGCUGCAGAUUCUAGGAGUAAAUCUUGGUAGCAGGUGGGUAGAAUUGUAGUAUUUCCCGAGGCAAAUAAAUUCACUGUUAAGAAGUAUUACGGGUUUGGGGUUUUUUUGUCUAAUUAAAGAACAUGUUUUACUCAGAGACACUUAGAUGGUGGCAAAGAUUAUUAGUGUUCCAUCUGGGAAGGUUAUUGUUACAGUGAUCUCAGUGUCUCUUCAGCAAGAAGGAGUAACAUUCUGUACCAGUCAGUUUUUCAGCUCCUUUUUCAGCUUUAGCUUAUAGUCUUCAGUGCUGCUGUUCAAGCUGAACUGGAUCAUCCUACCUAAAGUGCAAUGCCAAAAUGGCAGCACUGUGAGAUCAUUGCCUCCCUAAAAUCCUAAUUAAUGAGAAUGUACCCUGAUCUACUUAGCUUGUGCGGUGAGUCAAACUUCGUCCUUGAAAGGUACCAGUUAAAAUGUAUCUGUAGAUUCUGCAGCAGACAAGUACUCCAGUGCUAAUUUUUUGUGGUUGAGUAUUUUUCCUUCUCUGGAAAAAAAAGAGUGAAUUACUUAAGCAUGUGUGACUUUGAGAAGAACCACUCAAAAAUGGUUUCUGAAUAUGUAACUGCUGUACUACCUUGCUCCUGUCGCUGUACUGUUCUGAUGUCUAUGCUCCCAGAAUCACUUGGUAGUUAGGUAUAGGAAAGUCUCCCCCUUUUAAAGUAACAUCACACAUGCACUAUUUAGUCAUCACAGGUAUAAAUCAGGCUGUAAAUAGGCAUUUGUAACAAAGUUGAGUCUGCAAGAGAUGAUUGAUGAUUCACUUGAUUUGUUGCUGUCAGCAAGGAGGCAGAGGUGAAGCCUCUGUAAAGACCAGACCAGACACUGUUGCUUCCUUAGUGGCUCUACCUUCAUAUCCUGGGCCUGGCACAGAAUUAGUUUUAGUGUGGGAGUAGGUAAACAAGCUGGAAUGUGUUCAGAAAGGACUCUAAAGCAUGUGAGGUUGGUAUUGAAGUGGCUAAUCAAAAACUCCAUAAACUUUUGGACUCUCUGAAUAUCCAUACGUGCUGGUCUUUCAAGCAGUUGGUAAGUGUUCAGAUAUGGAAGUUAUUUUCAUUUAAUUGUAGUUGCAGACAUUAAUAUCUGGCUGCAGCAGCUGCAUGUGAAAGAAUCAAAAGUAAACCUGCCCAUCUAUACUAAAGGUUUGGUUUCCUUUAGAGGAGGGAGUGGGUGAAGUACUUUGGUGUUUGGGUUUGUAACACUGACUUCAAUGAAACCUGUGCAGUUCUCUCAGUGUUGGAAGUAUUUCUCUUUACAUCAGAAAAUGCUGUGUUCUGGUGAGGUGACUGAGGUGUCUUCUAUAUCCAAGUGCAUGUCCCCAUUGAUAAAUGAGCAUUAGUAGUUGUCUUGGCUACCUACAGAUUUGAAAAAAGAAUUAUGAAAGUGGAUACUGCAUGUAUUUCCUUCUGCAAAGCAGUAAUGCUCAUGACAACUAGAAAAAAACCCAGAACUGAAUUGCCAGUUAGUCACAAUUUUGAAAUAUUUUGCACAUGUUUGUAAAUGUGCCUCACCAAAGAGUAGUGAGCUGUGAUUGAGCUGUAGCUCACUUUAUUCUCAGUGCCUGCAGCCAUGUGUUAUGAGUAUUUUCACACUACAGAGACCUGGAACUCAUCCCAGAGUCCUGCAAAAGAUCAAGAGUUCUGUCUGACCCAAAAAGGACAGUUCUGAUUUAUUUGUGGCUGUCCACAUUGGCCCAUAGGUAGGUCCCAGUACCAGUCACAAGACCUCCACAAAGUGGAGGCAAAACCAUAUGCAUUUACUGUGUCCAAUUUAUCCCUCUGGUGCUCUGUUUUUCCCAAUCCUUUAAAUCACAAGUGGUUUGGUAAUACUGGGUUCUUGAAAACAGCUGUUUUAAGUAACAGGGUAGGAAUUGGCUCAGAACAUUGUAACGAAGAAAUUCUGGUCUCUAGGAUACUUUGUUCUUGUUGGAUUGCUUCAAGCCAAGUUCAUCAUCAACAGAAUUGCUUCAUUUUCCAUCUGUUCUGGUAAAAGGACAAUUAUAAACAUGACUGGACUUUUCUGACGUCCUGUGAUAAGCAGUGGUGGUUAAAUUGCUCUGGGCAGGGUGGAAAAGUACCUUCAGUGGAUUCUGAAGUGGUGGUGGAAAGGGACAUCUUGAUAAGACAAAAUAGUGGGGAAUUUUAUGCUUCGCUUUGGACAACUUAAAAUUCCUUAAAAUUCCUUUUUAAAGUUAUCCAGAUAAUUGUUGCAAGAGAUUAUUGUCUUCUAAUUAACCAUUUUGGGUUAUACGUGGACAUGUACACAGCAAGAGAAGUAUUAUUUAUGUGUAAAGUACAUGAUCAGAAUUUAUUUUCAAAAAUCUGGCAAUAGCAAAUUUUAUAACUAGGUUUGCUACAAAGUUGAAAAUCUGUAUUUUGUGCGACAUUUCCUCAAAACAUCACCAUUAUGAAUUCCUUUUUAACACCGUAAAUACAUAUUUACAGUAUCAAGAAAUUUAUCCCUUUGGGCAAUAACUUUCAGUUAAGACAAAGCAUACUAGGUGAUAGGGUGCUGGCUGUCACAAGGAGGAAGUCCCUAUUUGAGUUAUUUUUGAUGUAAUAACUAUUCAUAUAAAAUAUUUGCAUUUUGAAUAAUUUUGCAAAGAUGUAGUUAACAAUCUGCUUUCUCUGUCUCCUGAUGAGUGCUAGAAACUAUUGUAUUUUAACAACAGUUUUGAACAUUAGAGUAACUUAUUUUAGUUCCUAAGAUUUGGUUUCUGUACCAAGCAAAAAAAAAAAAAAAGGUAGUUUCACACUUGAGCUGCAGCAGGAAGAUGUAAUCACGGAUGUGGGUUCCAGUACACUGCUGCACAGGAGAACAGCGCUGGCGGCAGAACUCUCCGCCAUGAAUCCAGAAGAACAGAUUGUAACUUGGCUUAUUUCACUAGGAGUCUUAAAUUCCCCUAAGAAAAUAGUAGAUGAUCCAGAGCAGUUCCUGAAAAUUUCUCUGAAAGAUGGAACUGUACUUUGCAAACUCAUUAAUCGGCUUCUUCCGGGAUCUGCAGAAAAGUAUUGCCUGGAGCCUAAAAAUGAAGCUGAUUGCAUCAGUAAUAUUCAAGAGUUCUUGAAAGGCUGCGCACUUCUGAAAGUGGAGGUGUUUGAUCCACAUGAUUUGUACACUGGAGAUCAGUUCUCCAAGGUCCUGAGCACAUUAUCAGCUGUAAAUAAAGCUACUGAAGAUCAGCUGUCAAAAAGGCCAUGUUCACCUCUGUCCUCUCUUAGCUCCGCGUCUGGAGACCCCCAGAGUGACUCCAACGGCACAGCAUCCCAGGCAGCAAGGGUGUUACGGAGGCACUCCAAGCCUGUGGAGAUGACUGAGAAUGGCAGUCAUCAGCUGGUGGUAAAGGCCAGGUUCAAUUUUAAGCAGACCAAUGAGGAUGAACUCUCUGUUAACAAAGGAGACAUUAUUUAUGUCACCCGAGUUGAAGAAGGGGGCUGGUGGGAAGGCACCUUGAAUGGAAAAACAGGCUGGUUCCCAAGCAACUACGUCAGAGAAAUCAAAUCCACUGAUAAACCACUCUCUCCCAAAGCAUUAAAAGGGCUAGAAAACACUCAGCUGACAAAGAAUUAUUACCCUGUGGUGUUGCAAAAUAUUCUGGAAUCAGAACGAGAUUAUGCAAAGGAGCUGCAGUCACUUCUGGGAACUUACUUAAGACCCCUCCAGUCUUAUGAUAAGCUCAGUGCUGGGGACAUCAUGGCAUUGCUGGGAAACACGGAAGAAAUCUCUGCUUUUCAGCAAACACUGAACCAAGCCUUGGAAGAAGUUGCAAAGCUCCCCGAGAACCUGCAGCGUGUGGGAGGCUGUUUCAUGAACGCGAUGCCCCAAUUUCGCUCCCUGUACCUGACGUACUGUGCUAACCACCCUUCAGCAGUGAAUGUCCUCACACAGCACAGCGAUGAGCUGGAGAAGUUCAUGGAGAGCCAAGGUGCGGCCAGCCCAGGCAUUCUCAUCCUGACCACAAGCCUCAGCAAACCCUUCCUGAGGCUGGAUAAAUAUGUGACCCUGCUGCAGGAGCUGGAGAGGCACAUGGAGGAGGCGCAUGCAGAUCAUGAAGAUGUUUUGAAAGCCGUCACAUCCUUCAAGUCCCUUGUGUCGCAAUGCCAGGAGCUGAGGAAGAGGAAACAACUUGAGCUGCAAAUCCUUUCUGAACCCAUCCAGCGCUGGGAAGGAGAGGACAUAAAAAUGAUGGGAAAUGUCAUCUACAUGUCCCAGGUUAUGGUGCAGUAUGGGGGAAGCGAGGAGAAAGAAGAGCGGUAUUUCUUGUUAUUUUCCAGUGUUUUGCUGAUGCUGUCUGCCAGCCCACGGAUGAGUGGGUUCAUCUAUCAGGGAAAGCUGCCUUUGACAGGAAUGACACUGACAAAGCUGGAAGAUGCCGAAGGGAAUGAGCACAUGUUUGAAAUCACAGGGAACAUGAUGGAGCGGAUCACUGUGUCCUGCAGCACCAGCCAGGACUUGCACGAAUGGCUUGACCACUUGCAAAGGCUGACCAAAGGGACAUGCAGCACCAUCUCCAAAACACAGUCCUGGAGCCCUCAUUCGACAUUUAGUUCAGCUGGGCAGAUCCGUGGGCCUCUGGAACCCCCCAAAAUCCUCAAGCCCUGGAGCUUGAGCUGCCUCCGUCCUGCUCCUCCACUCAGACCAUCAGCAGCACUGAGUUACAAAGAGAGGAUGUCUUAUAUCUUAAAGGAUUCCAGCAAAAGUCCAAAAACAAUGAAGAAGUUUCUUCCAAAAAGGAAAACUGAGAGGAAACCAUCUGAUGAAGAGUUUGUUAUUAGGAAAAGUACUGCUGCGCUGGAGGAGGAUGCUCAGAUCCUGAAGGUGAUUGAGGCAUACUGUACUGGGGCAGGCUUCCAGCAAGCUCUCAGCUCAGGCUCCCGUAAAGACUCCGUCCCCCAAGUCCUUCUUCCUGAGGAAGAGAAAAUCAUCAUAGAGGAAACACGAAGCAACGGCCAGAUGGUCACGGAGGAAAAAAGCCUUGUUGACACAGUUUAUGCACUGAAAGAUGAAGUCAAAGAGCUGAAGCAGGAAAACAAAAGGAUGAAACAGUGUUUGGAAGAAGAGCUUAAAUCCAGGAAGGACUUAGAGAAGCUGGUGAGAAGGCUGCUGAAGCAGACAGAUGAGUGUGGCAGGGAGGACACGGGGCGCAAGUCAUCCCUGAUCGCCUGAAUUUGUGAAGAAGCUGCUGGCAGUGGUGUGUGACCUCAGGAGUAUUUUGGGGAAGUGGAACUGGAUCUUUUGCCUCUUCUUGCUCCUUGUUUUGGUGUUUUGGGGUAUUUUGUUACCAAAAAAAAAUCAUAGAGAAAAAAAUAGUUUUUCUUCCAUUCAGUAAGGAGAUAAAGCAGAAACAAUCAAUCACAACUGAACCAGUAAGCAAACGGUCCAUGAUUCACAAUUCAUCUGCAGCAACUAAUACCUCAUUGUACCUGCUACUGGGAGCAAAUACAAACUCUGCUAGCGAUUGUUGCUCACAAAGGCUUGGGCAGCAGUUUCCUAGAAGAAGCUUAAGCACUUUUUAAUGCUUUCAUUCUUUCCAAAAGCACCAGUACCUAUUUAUUGAAUGAAACCAUUACUGAGGGGGCAUUGAGCAGAAACCAAAAAAGCACCAUGCUCCUCUUUUCAGAUAAUCACAACUGGGGAAGCUUUUCCCAUCCAUCUUGUUUUCCCCAUUAUUUGACUGUAGCGAACUAGAGCCCAGCAAUACUGUGGUUCCUGUGUGGCCUUGAUACUGAUUAAAAUGUGCAAUUAACAUGAAGAUGUUUGAACUCCUUGGGGAAGCCAGAUCUGGAGCACCUGUCAGAGCGCAUAGGAAGGUAUUUUGCACAGUGCUGCCUCCUUACAGCUCGUGAUUAGCACAACAGGUAACUGCUGUUCUGUCCCCCAUCCCUUUUCUUAUGCAUGAUGUAGAAUUCCUACCCCCUGCUUUGUUUUUACAUCCAGUGUCCGGGUAUCCUAGAUUAUAAUUUUGCUGUGCUUCCUCUUGCAGGACAUGCUUUUCUCCAUAUGAAAUGUAAACACUGCUUGACAACAAAAAACAACCCCAUAUGUGCUGGUCCCCUGCUCCCUUCUGCCCACUUCAUGUUUUCCAUUGCUCCUUCCCAAAGGCUGUGAGUGUAGCCAGCGGCCACUUCUCCCCACAGGGGCUUUGUGCUAGGGAAAAGGAACUUUCUCCUGAGCUAGGGAAGACAUACGCUUUGACAAGAGCUGGAAUGCUCCUGGAGCAAGGACAUGCAACACCCUCACAAAUCCCUGCACAACUCUUCAAACACAGCACACAGGCAUCAUGCAUAUGUAUCAGCUCACCUUAUCUUAUUUGGUGUUAUACCCUAGUUUAGAACUGUUGUUUUCCUUCCUUCCUUCCUUCCUUAACAGCAUUAUAAAAAUAACCUUCUGUUAAUGAUGUCUUAUUUAUCUCACUGGGCAGCAUGGUCCCAGGGUAUGCAGAGGCACCACAGCUCUUUACAGUCACACCAUUCUGUUGGUUGUGAAGGACAUAACAGAGGCAAUAAUUGCAACUCCCUCCUUGCCAUUAAAAUAUAGCCAGGACAUUGCAAAUGUUGUUUUGAGAGAUGCAGACUCCAAAACAUCUUAAGGAGUGUAAUAGGAAACCCUCUUUAAGGUAUUUCUAGGGCAAAACAGAGGUCUGGCUACAUUUGCCAUCCCCAGAGCAUCCCAGCCGGAUGGCAGCUCCCCACACCCCUCCCUGGGCACAUAGUUGAGUGGUUUGGUCAGCAGUCAAGCCCUGCUGUGCUUGUGAAAAGUUUUCCAGGAGCAGGACCUUUGCUGCACUUACUGCUGCCCAGGGAGGCCGUGUCCAGAGCCCUUGGUACUGCCUGGCCCCUCUGCCUGCCCCAAGCUGGGCUGGGGACUGGGCUGCUGAUGUGCAGAAUAAACCAAGGGCUACUGACACUCCAGGGAGAGGGUGGAAAUGUGUCCUCGCUGCCCCCAGGCUCAGCUGAAACCCGUGCUAUGUACAUAUGCAUGUUUGUGAGAUGUAAUGUGAUGGAGGGCACACUGGGACUUUUUGGAUCAAGCAUUUGUCAAGAGCUAGAAGCCAAAAAAAGUCAAGAAAAUAAAAUAAAAAGGAAAAGAAGCCAUGCCAGAUGAACAGCAAUGUUUCCAUAUUUACUUUGUUUACAGUGCUUUGUAAAUAGGUUCCAGUGAGUCUGUCUUUAGAUGGAUGUUGUGUCAGCUGCCUUCCAGUGCAUCUUUGUCAUGUAGGUUUAUUUACUGUAAACUACUUAUGCAAGUUCAACUUUUCUAACAUGUUUUUAUUUUGAACAGUUUUUUAAUUGACAUUUUCAACAAAUAAAGAAGGAUGAAAUUCG